ACGUGUCCGAAGCACCGCUCCGCCAACUUCCUCUCUACCCGGAAACAUAUUUCUGUAAAAUCAUCAUCAUCGUAACUCCUUCCGUCGCCGGAGAAGACUAAAGCAAAGUGAGACUGGAAGAGUGGGCAAACUCACGGAUUUCCUUAAAGAAAGGCAUUGUCAAUUAUUAAAAAAGAUCCAAUUCCCCUUUCCGGAAUGGGACAAGGCCAGGAAAUCAAGACCAGAAGCGAACCCAAAGUUGAGAUUCAGGAACGAGGGGAAAUAUUCUUCUUCUAUAGGCCGAAAGUGGCCAAAGAAGAGGCGCACGGCCCGGACGACGUGCAACGCCUCUACAUAGUUCUGAGGCCGGAGUCCGGCGAGAGGGCCGUCGAAGAGAAGCAGGAUCCUCGCUCCGGCAAGGAAGGCCAGUCCAAGUCCAAUAACGACGGCGAUGAUAACAAGCAGGCAAAAGAUUCUACCAGUACCGAAGGCGGGCACGGCGCAGAGGAGGUGGACAUUGAGAAGCAGGCUUUGCUCCGGUUCAUCGUUAUGGGGAGGAAAAGCCUUCCGGAUCCCAGCGAGAAAAGUCGGCCGUACUGGGGCUUUGUGGAGAUGGUCACCACAAGGAUUGAAGAUGUCAAGACUGCUCUCAAGGGAGAGGAGUAUGAGACUUCAACCAGAGGACAUCGGCGGAACUCUCCGGCCAGGGCGCUCGGCGAAGGGGUCUACCGCAUCCUAAGGCACGAGAGCCGCAAGCGAACGCACACCCAUCUGAUCUACAAGCUGGAGUUCCCACCGGAAGAGGAGGCGGAGGAGGCCCAGCGGACCCUGAACAUCGAGCGCGAAGGCUCGUUCCUGAUCCAAAUAAAGAACCCGGAUCCCGAUCAGCAGGGAUCCUCCCAGUUCAGGGGACUCCAGAACAAGCGCAAAGCUGCCUUCCCGGCGCAUCUGCAAGGGCAAUUCGGGCACAAGCGAUUCCAGCCGGCCGACCCCCCGGACUUUCUGAACUACGAGGGGUGCGAGUUCUUGCUGAUAUCGGCGGCGGAGGACAUAGAGGAGGAGCUGGGGUUGGAUCUGAAGACGGAAUGCGAGGGGGAGGAGUCGUGCUCCGACUUGCUCAAGACUUUUGGGGAGACAGCCUCUACUGCGCCGCUUCUCAAAGGUACCUGGGUUUGAACCAGGCCCGGACUUACAAUGAGGCCCAAGAGGCGGAUGGGCCCAAAAUUCUGUCAAUUUAGGAAGCCUAUAAAUCUGGGAGACCACCUCUGUGUUAAAGUGAUCAUUUUGCCCCUAUAUAAAAUCUCUUAAAAAAAAAAAAAUCUGCGGAACCCUAACAUCUCUCUAGCAAUCUCUCUCUCCCUCUUUCAGUCUCUCAAAAGAACACUUCCGUAAAUUAUUGAUUUUGUGAAA